UUUAACCCCUAGAAACUAUGUGAAUAAAUGAAUAAUAAAUGUUUUCAGAUGAAUGAAAUAUAUCACGAGCGCCAGAGUAAGGAACUGUGCGCGCUUCACGCGCUUAAUAAUAUUUUCCAGGAUAAAUCUGCCUUUACACAGAGAGAGUUGGAUUCCUUAUGUUACAAACUUUCCCCAGAUGCUUGGCUUAACCCUCAUAAAUCUGUUAUAGGUUUGGGUAACUAUGAUGUAAAUGUUGUUACAGCAGCUUUACUUGAUAAACAAUGUGAUAUAAUUUGGUUUGACAGAAGAAAAGAUCCGAACACAAUAAGAUUAGAUAAAAUUAUCGGAUUUAUUUUGAAUAUUCCGAACGAGUACAAAGUCGGAUGGUUACACCUUCCCUUCCGCCGAAAGCAUUGGAUAGCCCUGAAACUAAUAAACGGAGCUUACUACAACCUGGACUCUAAAUUAAAGAAACCUCUGAGGAUUGGAUCGGAGCUGGAGUUCCUUAAGUUCCUGAGGAUGGAGUUGGAGAACCAGGAUAAACAGUUACUCCUCGUUGUCACCAAAACUGUGGCGGAGACAGAAGAAUGGAAAAUAGACAUUAGUUUCUAGUUUAGGGAUAAAAUUUACUCCGUCCUACAUCGCACAAAUUUAAACAGUAUUUUCACAAACAAAUUUCGAUGAUUUCAGA